ACCCUCUUCUGCAGAGCGGCUUUGCGAUGGAGCCCUGAGCACUUUCGUUUUUGUUUCCCUUUUCCCCCCGUAUCCCCAGAGUUGUUGAAAAGGUUUUUUUUAAAAAAAAACUUGACACAUAAUCAGUGGAUAUCUUACACUAUAACGAUGUGGAUCCAAAUUCGGACCAUAGACGGCAAAGAAACGCGGACCAUUGAGGAUCUUUCCAGAUUAACUAAAAUUGAGUGUCUGAGGCUAAAGAUUAAAGACAUUUUCAACGUGAACCCGGAACAUCAGCGGCUGUUUUACAGGGGAAAACAGAUCAACGAGCUGGUGGACUGUAGAGACAUCAGCAUCGGUGCCUGGUUCGAAGCCAGCAUUGAGAACGUGAGCCGGGCCUCAAAGGGACAGAAUGGCCAGGCCCCAGCACUGGGAAAGAGCGGGAAGCCCGGCAAAAGGACUAACGGCAAGCUGGGCAUAGACCAGCGCCGCUCGGCCAUGGACAGUCGCGGCAACGCCGUGUUGAACUCAGACUGCGGGCCUUCUACCUCUCACACAGACUGCGCGGACAGUGAGGAAGUCAUUUAUCAUAUCAAAUAUGACGACUACCCUGAAAACGGUGUGGUGGAGAUGAGCGCUGAGGACGUCCGGCCUCGUUCUCGGACCCUGCUCAAGUGGGAGCAGCUGAAGGUGGGUCUGGUCGUCAUGGUGAACUACAACAUUGAGAUCCCAGAGGAACGAGGAUUCUGGUAUGAUGCGGAGAUCACUGCCCUCAACGAGGUGUCCAGGACCAACAAGGAGCUUCGCGUGAAGCUCCUGCUCGGGGGCCCCGGUGAUGUCAUCAGCGACUGUAAGCUCCUCUUCCCUGAUGAGAUAUACAAGAUCGAGAAGAAAGGAGCAGCACCCUUGUCAGCAAUAGACGGGCAAUUUAAACGGAAGACCGGGCCGGAGUGUAAGCACUGCAAGGCCGACCCAGAAUCGGAGUGCCGCUUCUGCUCGUGCUGUGUCUGCGGCGGCAAACAGGACGCCCACAUGCAGCUGCUGUGUGACGAGUGUAACAUGGCCUUCCACAUCUACUGCCUGAACCCGCCGCUCACAGCCAUCCCCGACGACGAGGACUGGUACUGCCCCACCUGCAAGAACGACACCAGUGAGGUGGUGAAAGCUGGGGAGAAGCUGAAGGCUAGCAAGAAGAAGGCCAAGAUGCCCUCGGCGCACACAGAGAGCCAGCGGGACUGGGGCAAAGGCAUGGCCUGCGUGGGUCGUACAAAGGAGUGCACCAUCGUCCCCUCCAACCACUACGGGCCCGUCCCGGGCAUUCCCGUCGGAACCACAUGGAAAUUCCGUGUGCAGGUUAGCGAGGCUGGAGUGCACCGACCCCACGUGGGAGGCAUCCACGGCCGCAGCAACGACGGCUCCUACUCGCUGGUGCUGGCCGGGGGCUUUGAGGACGAAGUGGACAGAGGUGAUGAGUUCACGUACACGGGCAGUGGGGGUCGUGACCUUUCAGGGAACAAGCGCAUUGGGGAGCAUUCCUUUGACCAGACCCUGACUCACAUGAACAGGGCCCUGGCGCUGAAUUGCGACGCUCCGCUGAAUGAUAAGGAUGGGGCGGAGUCCCGGAACUGGCGGGCGGGGAAACCGGUGCGUGUGGUGCGCAGCUCCAAGGGCCGCCGCAUCAGCAAGUACGCGCCGGAGGAGGGCAACCGAUACGACGGCAUCUACAAGGUGGUGAAGUAUUGGCCUGAGAUUGGGAAGUGUGGCUUCCUGGUGUGGAGGUACCUGCUGCGGCGAGACGACCUGGAACCGGCGCCGUGGACGCCUGAGGGGGCCGAGCGCAUCAAGAAGCUGGGGCUCGUGGUGCAGUACCCACCUGGUUACCUGGAAGCGAUGGCUAACAAGACCAAGAAAGAGGCUGCCGUUCGGGGCAGCGGACGAGGGAAGAGGUACUCUGGGAGAGGACGGCCGAGAUCGGGCCCGGAGAAGAAGGCGAAAGUUAAAAAGGGCGAUGGGGCUCCAGAAAAAGACAGAGGACCGCAGAGUAAUGGGGGCCAGAAGGUGUCCAGGGAAAAAGAGGUGCCUGUGGACGAGCCCGCGGUGAAGCGGCUGAAGGGGGUGGAGCCAUUUCAUCUCUCCGAGCAGCAGCGAGCUCUCAUUCAAGAGGACGAACUGAACAGGAAGCUUUGGGAGGAGGCCAUGAACUACCUAUUGGAGGGGCCUAACUUCCUGAAGAAGGUGGAGCAGCUCUUCAUGUGCGUCUGCUGCCAGGAGCUGGCCUUCCAGCCCGUCACCACUGUGUGUCUCCACAAUGUCUGCAAGACCUGCUUGCAGAGAUCAUUCCGUGCAGAGGUGUACACUUGUCCAGCUUGCCGCCACGACCUGGGCAAGGACUAUGUGAUGAUCCUCAAUAAAACACUACAGGUGCUGCUAGACCAGUUCUUCCCGGGGUACAGCAAGGGACGAUGAGUCACCACUGUCGCACACGUACGCACUCAGACACACGCACACUCAGACCAUCACCACACACGUACACAGGAACACAGAGCCACAGCUAAUCCGCACCAACAGAAACACCCUGCCCGUCCUAUGGCUGACUGCCCUUCAACCUGGAUUCCAUUUCACCUUCCUUUCUUGAGGACACCACUCCUCCUUACUUUUCCCAGGACAAUGCAGGUGUCACUUCCUAUAAAGCCAGUUUAUUACCCUUCCCUUCCUGACUGUAAAUACCGGACUUGCUCAACCCACACUGUGCGGCUGUAACCUUGACGAGACGUAGACCAACAACGAAACAGCCGAAAAAGUCCAUGAUGUAACAGUCUGCGCCGGAUGCCGCUCUGCUUAAGGUCACCCUCCCCAUGUGUCCUCGUCUACUUACCUGGUCCAAAACCCUUCAGUUCUUCCCAUUUUGUUGCCCUUUUUUGUGAUGUCGACAUAAAUGGUAAAGAAUUUUUUUAACACGAAAAUGAAAACGUUUUAAUGAUUAUAUUGCUUAUAAAGCGAACUGUGAUGUGCAUUACCUGUCUUUCAGCUCUUGUUUUUUUUUGUUUGUUUUUUUUAAUGACCUGUGCCUGUUCUUUCCGCGACUGGCGAGCUGAUGCCCCACCUUUCUGUGAACCUUCCCCUGUCCCUCAGUCUUGUACUCUCCAGUUCUAUACAGUACUAACAGUUGUAGUUCCGUGGACGCUUUGCUCUUGCAUUCAUGUUGAGUGUUAUACGUUUUAUUGCACUUAUGGAAAAGGAAAAAAAAAUGUAAUCUAAUUUCCAAAAUAAUUGAAGUAUGCCACUUUAAUACAAUUUUAGUUGCUUAUAUUUUAAUCAUUAGUUUGUUGUACGUGAGAAGCUUUACCUGCAGCGAUUUAAGUCUGAAGUACAUUGCUUCAUGUCGUGAUCUGAAAUUUUGUACAUGGUAUAAUACUUGAUAUGUACUUAUUAAAUAUUUUGAUUCCAAAAAA